AUAAAGUAUCAGGACAGUGUAGGCCCACAAAGGCACAACCCAAGUCCAAAACUAACAAUAAAGACAUUCAUCUUCGUCACAGUCAGCCUACCGCCAUCCCCAUUGCCCGCCGUUGCCGUCACUCGUUCUCUAUUUCUCAUACCUUGUCUAGCUUUCAACAGCAAAGGCCGCUCUUUCUACCUCCCUGUCAAGCAUGGGGAAGACAACCUCACGCGGAGAUGCUGCCACUCGAGCUGAACGUAAAUUCGAAAAGAAGCUGGAAUUCUAUGCUAAGGUUAGACAGACAGUUACUUCGUUAGGUGCGCAGAAGGCUAUUGCUAAGAAGAAAGUAAGAAGCAGGCAAAAGAAAUUGAAGGCUUAUGAUCUUUCUACACUUACGGAGUUUCUCCCCGAGUUGAAUGCCUCUCAGCAACAAAAACCUGUAGAGUUCAAGUUGAAAAGUAAAACUAGGAAAAAUUUAGUGUUGAAGGAAGGUAAUCAGUUACGAGCAGUUAUUAAUCAUCCUGCUUUCCAGUCAGAUCCAUUAGGUGCCAUUCAUCAACAUCUGCAAAGCACACAGCCUACCGUGGAUGAAAAGCCAAAAAGAAGGGAAAAUAAAAAUGAAAAUAGAAAAGGAAAAAAGAAGUCUAAAGUCCCAGCCGGGCUACAGUCAAUGGAGAUGUAAUGUGUUCUUGAACUCUCCCUUUUUUUCCCCCCCCUUUCUCCUGGUAAGGAACCCCAUUUUGCCAAAUUUUGGUGUGUUGGUCUGUGUUCAUAGUGCUACUAAACUAGCAGCUAUUUACCGCUAUGAUCUUGCCAGGAACUUGUAGGAAAAGUGAUUUGUCUCAUAGCGGGCAGGAUUAUUUUGAUUGCGUUGAUGAUUCGAGUUACCAUUAAAUGAAGUAAGUGUUCAC